AUUUUUACCUGUUUGAUUGCAAAUAUGGAUCACAUAACGGAGUACGGCAGUUCAGAUGAAGAGGCUCACUCUGCUGAACUUCAGCUGCAAGGUGAUGGACGUGUAGUUCAACAUUUUCAGUCAGAGGCAGUGCAACUGCAGAGUCAAAUGGACGUUAGCAAACCAAGUUUGAAAGAUAUCAGUACUAUGGAGAGUCUGGACAGACAUACAGCCGACUUCAUUACUCCAUACAGUAGCAAUACCGCCCAGCGAUCCGAUAUUAUAACCUCUACCAAUAAAGACAAGACAGAAGAACAAUUAAAAAACCAAACACCUAAUUCUAAAUAUUUUACUUUAGAGGAAAGUGACAGUAGUGACUCUGACAAUGACAAUGUAGCCCAUGGUAAUUCAGGUACAAUUGGGUCAGUUGGUAUGCCAGGUCAGUAUGAGCUGCUUGAUAAGAAUGACCUGCCCCAGUCACCGUUUUGGAGAGGCAAAAGUUCUAAUUUGCCAGUUGUUGAGCAAUCUUCUCCGUGUGUUCCUGAAAAUAUAGAAACAACAUGUUUUCCAAACAAGCAAAGGGAAUUGAAUAAACAAGGUAAUGUUAGCAUAUGGAGUUCCAAAUCUCACAAAAGGUCUCUAGAUAUUGAGACUCUAGUUUGUGAUAAAAAGGUCAUGAAGUUAAAGGAAGCACCAAAACCAUCUACAUUUAAUGAUGCAUUUUCCCAAGAUAAAUAUACAGACAAGGUAUAUUAUGUGCAUCAUAAAAUUGCACCUUAUUUGAAUAGUAAAAGAGACUGUCACAUUCCACGUCAAAGAAUAAAGUUACUCCAGGGACACACUGGGGGAGUCAACAGGAUCAAAUGGUGUGGUGAACAAUAUAGCCACUUACUUCUCUCUUCAUCUAUGGAUAGAACUGUGAAGAUAUGGAAUGCAUUUUCUCAGGAGUCCAGUAGUGUGAGGACACUGCAUGGGCAUUCUAAAGCUGUAAAAGAUGCAGUUUGGCAUAACUCAGGAUACCAAGUCAUCAGCUGUGGAUAUGAUAGGUGUGCUAAAGUUUGGGAUGUGGAAAAAGGGAUAGAACUGAAUACUUUUGAACAUCCAGAUUUUGUUCUGUGUAUAAAAUAUCACCCCAUAGACUCAAACCAGUUUGUCACUGGAUCAGCUAAUGCUCUUUAUUGUUGGGAUGUUAGGAGUGGCACAGCACCAAUCAGGAAAUACACCUACACAGGGGGUUUUGGUCUGGUUCAGGACCUAGAGUUCAUGCCAGAUGGGAGUCAGUUCUUUACUUGUAAUGAUCUUGUUAGCAGGGAUUCUUGUGACAGGAAUGUCAUGGCUUGGGAUUUUAAAAAGGGUGUGGUUUUGUCAAACCAGAUUUACCAGGAACGUUACACCUGCACUAGACUGAAAGUUCAUCCCUCAGGUAGUAAUUUUGUUGCCCAAACUCAGGGAAAUUAUUUGGCAUUAUUUUCAACCUUGAGACCAUACAAACUGGACCGUUCUAAACGAUUUGAAGGGCAUAAGGUGGAGGGAUAUCCCAUAGGAUGUGACUUCACUAAAGAUGGCUCCCUUCUUGUUAGUGGCAGUUCAUCAAGAAACAUUUACUUUUACAGUUAUAUAACUUCUAAGCUAAUCAGAUCAAUAGACAUCGGAGCUGAUGUUUGUAUUGACGUUGCUUGCCACCCAGUUUUGUUCAGCACCAUUGCUGUUGCAAGUUUUGGAGGAGUGAUAAAUGUUUGGCAGUGAUGCAUUCAAAUGUUCAUUUAUGGACAGUAUGCACAUUUUUGCAGGUUUUAUAUGGCUUAUAUGUAGAUACCAGUAUACCUUGGGUAGUCUAAACCACUGAAGGAUCAGUUGUGAAAUAAGAAAAAGUCAUCAACAGAGCAAUGCUUAUAAUGGUUAAUUGAGAAAGAGGUUUCAAAUGCUCCAAAUAAAAUCCAAAAAAAGUCUUGAAAAAGUACUAAAACUGCUAUCUAACAUUAAACCAUAGCUUUCAUCAACCAUUUGGAUGUGUCUCACUUACUUGCAAUAUAUACGGCCUGUUAAUUCACUUUGGUUUCAAAAAUUGAAAAAAUUAUUUCAAAUUUGUUAAAUGGAUAAUGUGUCUUCAACAUCUUUAUAUGCCUGGCAUUUUUGCUAUGGUCAUUACCUGGUUAUUUUUACAAUGUUGGUAUAUAUAUAUAUAUAUAUAGUACAGGUAAUUCAGUUGUGACCAAGUCUGUCCGAGUGAACAGACGAAAUUUUAACGCAAUAUACAAGAAGAUUGGUUUUGGCUUAACGGAUGUUGUAAAAAGCUGAAAGAUAUUAAUUAUAUAAGUAACGUACAUGUAUCGCAGGAUGUAAACUCAGUAUGAGAACGGACAACAAACAUGUUACUUGGCAAUUUCUGGGUUUAGUUAAUUUUUUAUUCUUUUCAUAGGCUAAUGAUGCGGAGACAAACUUUUGUUAGGUGUUCUGUGUUGUUUAUAAUCUUUUUUUUAGGAAAAGGCCCUCUACGGAUUUCUUCAUGCCUUCCAUUUCUCCAGAUCGAUGGCGUUCAUAAACUUUGUUGUCUCUCUGGAGGCCUACUUUAGAACUUUAUUAACUUAUUCUGGCAUACCAUCAGGAUCGAGCUGAUUCUUUUUCCUUUUUCAUUUAAUUUAGUGCAUGCAUGUUCAACCAAGGAGUUAUAACAGUUAUAACUCCUUGGUUCAACUUAUGUGAGAAUUGUUGGUCCUCCCGUGGUGUUCUCACUGUGAUAGGUGUACAAGCGAUAAACUCUCUACUUCUAUGACUCGAUGUGUCGGCUUCUGUAGCACAAUUGAAUGAAUACGAAAACAUAACUUACAUUCAUUGUGUGGCUCUGUAAAAAUUCAGACACAAGCGCCACCUUUAUUACCUUUUGCGCGUAUUAAUACCAUGGAUGUCAUGAAAAUUUUAUACUUAAUAAAUGUCACUUUACGACAUUCGUAAUACGUAUUGAGUAUAAGUUUAAACACAUCACUCAAGUGCACGUGCUCAGAGUAAAAAUU